AGGGUAGCAGUCAGAAGGUUAAACUGUGUUAUGAAAACAGAAGAAAAUGUUCAGCAAUUAUGUUUUAUUUUUAUUUAAGAAGUUUUUGUUUCAUAAAGUUGCGUAGCAUUUAUAUUGUUUAAAAUCUUUAUACUGAGGAAUGGACCGAAAUGAUGUAAACAGAUUAUGGCAGAUUUUCCUUUAUGAUAAAUUUUUACAGGCAUUGAGCUUUGCUUUAUUUUUUAUUAUUCUCUUAACUACAAUAUUUUUUGGGCUUGUGAGUGGUAUAUCUGUUUCUUUAGCUUAUUGUGGAGGAAUAUUUGUAUUUUACUCUUUUUUAAGGUGUGAUUUUGAAAUUCAUAAAAUCAUUCACUUUGUAAGUGCUGUUGUGUCUUUUAAAUCAAAUGCCAAAGAAGCAAUUUCUGUGCAGAAAAGUUGUAAUGUUUGUGGGGAUGCUAACUGUUCAAGGGACAAAGUCGUACACAAACAGAAACCAUGGGUGGGGCUCUUGGUACCAAUAGAAAUAGAUGAGGCUUUGGAAAAGCUUUUAGAGAAAACUAUUGAAACAUAUGUGGAGAGUUGGUACCAAAAUUUGUCUUCUGAUGUAGCCUUUCAAACAGAAAUUAGAGAAAAUAUAAGAUAUGCAGCUAGUGUUGUACUGUCAAGAUUAUUACAGAUUGAUUUAACAGAACUGUUAACCACUAAAUUAUUACCUGCUGUUAUUAAUCAUAUAGAGAUGGGAUUUCAAUCAAAAGUAAGACCUGAUUUUCAUCCUGCUCUAUAUAAUAGAAAGGCAGAAUUAGACUACAUUCGUCUUAGAGUUAAAUAUUUACUUCCUUAUCUGAUUGAAGAAAGAAAUUUAAAAUGCAAUUUGUUCUCUACUCUUAUCGUUGAAAUACUCAGUGGAUGGCUUCUUCUGCCAAUAAGUAGUGUAUCAGAUGUUUCUGUUCUAAACCAUCUUCUCCUUUAUAUUCUUAGUGAUAAACAGCUUGCUCAGUAUCCUCACGUUACUCUUAAGAAGGUUCCUUUCCUUGAAUCAUUUGUCAAAAAACAGUCUCUUCUGGAAACUAAUUCACUCGCCCUACAUCCUGAUAUGUGUACAAUUUUAAAGGACCAAUCAUUACUUUAUGCUUUUAUGCAAUUUUUAAAAGAGCAAAAUGCUGUUCAUAUUUUACAGUUUUGUCUUGAUGUUGAAGAGUUCAAUAAACGAAUGUUGACACCUGAAUUAUCAAGUGAACAGCUUGAUUCUUUACAUCGUGAUGCUUGGGAUCUGUUUUCAGUAUAUUUUUCUCCUCAUUCCCCGGAUUCCAUUGGUUUUAGUUCUGACCUGGUCUCUCAAAUGAGAAAGCUUCUUUCAAAAGAUGUUACAAAAUUGAGGACUUCUAGACCAUUGUUUCAAGCUUAUGAACAUGCUUACAGCCUUUUGGAUAAUAAUUACUGCCCUCUUUUUCACACUAGUGAUGAGUUCUAUACAUGGCUUUGCGGUCCAAGAACACCUUGUAGUUUCAAUGUUUCUGGAUCAAGUUCCCCUUCAGCUCCUGGGUCUCCUGCUAAAAACAGUGUGGAGAGGCGAUCUGGUGGUUCUCGAUUAAGCCAUAGGCUGCAUAAGAUUAAAGGCGCAUUAAAGCAACAAACAGUAUUAGAAGGAACAGCACUCGAUACUGAUGUUCUACAGCUUGAAGGAGAUACUGAGUUUGCGGAAGACCUCACAUUGAUGGAAGAUGAAGAAGAAAGAGAUUUAAGUUCCUGGCGUGUGAGAGUUCGAGAUGUUGGAUAUAAAAUGGAUGCCACAGCAGUUAAACAUAUACCCUUCUACUUAUUAGUUGUGCAGAGAAUUGACCCUUUGCAAGGGAUCAUCCGACAUGAAUGGUGUGUUGAAAGGAAAUUAACAGAUUUUUAUGCAUUGGAAGCGAAAUUAACAGAAUUUCAUGGGGAUUUUCCUGAAAGUCAGCUACCUCCUUGUGGCUUAUUAGCUCCUAGUCCACCAACAGAGCCAUUUGUUUAUGAAAGCUACCUCCAAAAAUUAUUAGUAAACCCUUCUUUGAGAGGUUCUGAUCUGCUUCAUUGGUUUUUAUCGGCUCCGGAAUUCACAUUGGAAGAGAAUGCUCUGGGUAGACUCCUUAGAAAAUCUGUUCCUAUUUCCCUGAGGAAAGAAAGAGGACAAAAUAUUGAAUCUUUUAUCUCAACAUUCUUUGUUUCCACUGAUUCAAAGCCUAAAUCAAAACUUGAAUGGAGAGAAUACAAUUGUGAAGUUUCACCACGAAGAGUUAGAAGUUUGCUCAAUACCGUUUUUGGUGAUAAUCUUGGGAUCCCUCUAACCGCAUUUCCCGAUGAAAAAAAAGUAAAAAGCAGUAAAAGUGUCAUAGCCGUCAAGGGUCCUGCAGAUUGCCUUGUGUAUUGUGGUGUAAGAUUGUUGGCCUUACCUGAACCACUAGUGAGAUUAUCUUUAGCAAUACAUACCCUCCUACAAAAACCAAUUGAUUCUUUGUGUAAGCAUGUCCUAGAUGUCAAGUUGAGAGCAUUACUUGUACCAAAGAGGGUUGCACAUCUCAUCAGCCUCCUUCAGUGGGUUCUAUUUGAAAAGAAUACGAAAACAGAUCCAAAAGAAGUAUCUGCUGCAUUAGCUGAAAAAAUUGGGAAACUGAAAGGAUUUUCACAUACUUUUUAUGAAUCUAUAUUUAUGAUACUUCAGAAUCCUUUAGUUAAUAAACAGUUGUAUUAUGUGUUUUUUGAUAUUAUCCUUGAAGAACUAUUUCCUGAGAAAACAUCUUAAGACCAAGAAAGAAUAAUAAACCUAAGUAAGUAUAUCUCAUUGUUUUAUAAUCAUUAGAAUUUACAUAUUAUUUUAAAAAUGAAUUAAAGGAAAAUAAGUUGUUGUUUUUUAAACUAAACUGAUAGAAAUUUAUUGAAUUAGUGUUUUUAAAACUGAAAAGCUUUAAUUUUAAAUGUAAUUAAUUUAUUGUUGUACAAGUGUUGAUUUUUUCUUUGUAUUUAUUAUAAAUUUAAUUUAUGUUAUUUUAUCUUAAUUGAUUCAAGUUGUUGUUUAUGUUAAGGAUAUUGAGUUGUUAUUAAUAGAAAGUUGAAACAUGUAAAGUUAUUAUGAGUGAUCAAUGUUAAUUGAAAAUAUAUUUUUUAUUUAUAUGUCUUAUAAUUAUCAUCUUUAUUCCUUCCUUUGGUAUAGUAACUCAAUUCUUAAUGGGUUUCUAUAUUUCCAUAAAGAUAAAAAUGCAUCACUUGGAAGAAAGAACUUCAG